UAGGGAACAUAAUUUUUUGCCUUCUGCCAAAUUUAUUCUUGAGACUGGCAAAAAUGUCUACCUUUUUCCUGAAAUCUUAAAGGACUGCAUGUCUUGGCUAUUUGGAAUGCUGUGUUGACUCUGGACUUAUAAGAUUAAUUAUGUCUGCUUAUUAGGUAUUUUCACUUAAAAAUGAACUUACCUAUACUGUGUAGUUUUCCUCUAGAACCUUGACUGAAUGUUAUUUUAAACUUAAUGGCUGUGAAUUUUAUAUUUUGCAGACUAUGUCUUCGGCAGUGGUACAGUUAUAUGCAGCAGAUCGGAAUUGUAUGUGGUCAAAGAAGUGCAGUGGUGUUGCUUGCCUUGUUAAAGACAAUCCGCAGAGAUCUUAUUUUUUAAGAAUAUUUGACAUCAAGGAUGGGAAACUAUUGUGGGAACAAGAGCUCUAUAAUAACUUUGUAUAUAAUAGUCCUAGAGGAUAUUUUCAUACCUUUGCUGGAGAUUUUCAUAUUAUUUUGGCUUUAUUUUCAGGUCCUAAUCUACCCAUGGCAACAGUUGACAUAAAAAAUCCAGAAAUCACAACAAAUAGAUUUUAUGGCCCACAAGUCAACAACAUCUCCCAUACCAAAGAAAAGAAGAAAGGAAAAACUAAAAAGAAAAGGUUAACUAAGGCAGAUAUUGGAACACCAAGCAAUUUCCAGCACAUUGGGCAUGUUGGUUGGGAUCCCAAUACUGGCUUUGAUGUAAGUAUCUUUUCAAACCAUAAAUAUUAUCACUCUAAAUAUGCGGGAAUCUUGUACUUCAACUUGCAUGUGAGCACACCACCACCUCCACCACCCUCAAGGGGAGGGCCGCCGCCUCCUCCUCCCCCUCCACAUAGCUCAGGCCCUCCUCCUCCUCCCGCCAGGGGAAGAGGUGCUCCUCCUCCUCCACCUUCAAGAGCUCCCACUGCUGCACCUCCACCACCACCUCCUUCCAGGCCAAGUGUGGGAGUCCCUCCACCACCGCCAAAUAGAAUGUACCCGCCUCCACCUCCAGCCCUUCCCUCCUCAGCACCUUCAGGGCCGCCGCCACCACCUCCACCUCUGUCAGUGGCAGGAUCGGUGGCACCGCCCCCACCACCUCCACCUCCUCCUCCACCCGGGCCACCUCCUCCCCCUGGCCUCCCUUCUGACAGCGACCAUCAAGUUCCGCCUCCUGCAGGAAACAAAGCAGCUCUUUUAGAUCAAAUUAGAGAGGGUGCUCAGCUAAAGAAAGUAGAACAGAACAGUCGGCCAGUGUCCUGCUCUGGAAGGGAUGCACUUUUAGACCAGAUACGACAGGGUAUCCAACUGAAAUCUGUAUCUGAUGGCCAAGAGUCUACACCACCUACACCUGCACCUACUUCAGGAAUUGUGGGUGCAUUAAUGGAAGUGAUGCAGAAAAGGAGCAAAGCCAUUCAUUCUUCAGAUGAAGAUGAGGAUGAAGAUGAUGAAGAAGAUUUUGAGGAUGAUGAUGAAUGGGAAGACUGAUCAAUAUAUAUUAUAUAUAUAUAUUUUUAAGGUGAAAUACUAAACACUACUUUCUGUCUAUGGAUUCUGUAAAAUUAUCAUGUAAAUGUUCUGCCAAUUUGCUGUAUAUUUUUGUUGCCUUUUUUGCUUUUUUUAUUAAUCUGUGCAAUACCUCAUUUAAUCUGUAAAGGUUUGUCAUAUCUUCUAUAAAGCUACUCCCUGUUAUUGUGUGCAAGAUUACACCAGAAUGCUCACUUUAUUUGUGAAUAUUUUUCAUUCCAUCAUCAAGGGAGUUUGAAUAUUGUGAGACUGACAAAAACCUUAAUGUAAUUUAGUUAUAAUGCCAGAAGGAAAACACUAUUUUCAUACCCUACUUUUUCUGUACCUAAAUUUUCUUAUUAAAAUCUAGUAUAGCACUACAUUCUUUUUUAAGUGACGCAAACCUUAGUUUAUUUAGCCCCUUCAUUUUGAAUACAAUGCUAAAUGAAUGUUGAAGCAGAUACAUUGCAGUUCUUCAGACAUCACUACACUCAUGCAAUUUCUCAAAUGUUAGCAAUAUGCUGUACAUAAAAUCACUACCGAGAUGCUCAUGGGGAAAUCAGUCACACACCUCUUACAGCAAUAUCGCCUGUGAUUGUACACCAGUGGCAUUUGGAGGCCGGAAUCACAGGAGCACUCACAUACCAGCACUUGACUGAAGUUAUUUUUAUGCUGUACCAAAUGUUGCAGGCUCUUUUGGCAAAACAAUUUUAAAAUAUUUUUGGUAUUAUUCUGAAACAGCCAAGUUAUUUAAGUUGUCGGAGUUUGGGGCAUUAUGGCGAGAGUUUCAUUCUACAUGAGCUGAAAGGCUGUGCAUUGUGGUUACUCCAGUAUUUGGUUAAAAAUACCAUAAAAAUCAGAACAGAUAAAAAUGGUGUGGAAUUAAGUAUCUGUAUUUUUCAGCUGAUAUGGGUUGAGAUAUUCAGAAAAGUCUAAUCUCGAAAAUUGCAAAUAUAUGCCCUAUAAUGCUAAACCUAAUACGCUAUAUAUUUUAAUUUUGGUAACUUCUCAAGGUUUUUGUCAAACGUCGGGUGAAGGGUUACAUUUUUCUUAAAAGAUUGGUGGUCUUAAUGUCAAAUUUCUUGGAACACAUAACUGAAUGAUAGAUUUUUUUAAAAUAAAAUUUUACAACCUGCACGUUUGUUACACAUACUAAAUAGUGUGUUACAAUUAGGAUUUCCUUGCCUCUCUACAGUAUACUAAUCUGCCUAAGGUGGUGGUUUCCCAUUUAUAGCGCUAACUAUCAUACCUACCUACUUUAAAUUUUAGGUAGAAAAUGAUGGGAUUUAAAUACAGACACAUAUUUUUCUCACUUUGAGUCAUAUGCAGAAUGUAGUUCCAAAUGCAUUUCAUGGCUAUAGUCACAAUAUCCAACUAAAAACUAAGCUGUCUAGAAUUGUACCGACCAAAAUCUGGUGUUGGCAUGAUCUUGACAGGCUGGACCUGCAAGAUGUGGCUUGGAUUUUAACCAGUUAUCGCAUCAUCUCUAGUGAUCAUGCAUCUAUUUAGAAUAAGAAAUAAUUUCAAGGGUUUUGUUGCUGAAAGCAGUAAGUGGUACCGUAAAAUAGUUAAGUUAUUCAGAGAAUGUUAACCUUCCUUGCAAGAGUAAUUUAAGCACAUGGAAAAGAUUCUAGACUUUUUGUUUCUUGCAAAAACAGUGUCCUCUGCUGCUACAAACUUUUUUCCGCUUAACGUUUCUUUUUAUCGUGGCUUGAGUUCAGUGAGUCUGGGGUGGAUGAGGCUGGACAACUAUUAACCAAUAGAAUUAGGAAUUUGUGAAAAUGGUAAAUAGAACAUUAUAAUUAUUUUAAAUAACAUUAAGCAUUUUCCUUUUUUUUCCCCUCCUUUUUGACAUUAUAAAAAACAUUUUAAAUUUUCUAGAAAUGUCUUAAGGUAAUGCCAGUUUAAGACCUCUCAACUUUUGGCCAAGGAAUUCAGGAUUUUCCAGCUAACUUUGGUAUGAUAAAAAUUAUCAGGAACUGCUCUGAGCAGAGGACAUCAGUUCUUUAGGUUGGAAACACAAUUUUAAACAUGUAAGAUGGGAGUAUAAUUUGCCAAAGGGUAAUUGAGUUUAUUCUUCCUUUUUAAAGAAAAAAAGUUUUGUUGUUGUUAUUGCACGAAGUCUAAAUUACUGUUGGUUGAAACACAGCAGCUGUGGCGUUCCGUCCAGGCAUGAUGACUAAAUCUGCUUUACCAAGUGAGAUGUAAAGUUUGCAUGUUUCAGUCCUCCACCAUCUUGCACUGUGGGCGGCACUAUACCUGUGCAUUGUCUGAAAGCCUCCUAUAUAUACUCCAGCUAAAUGAUUGUCUGAUAGCCUUCGCGUUUAACAAACUAGCAUGAGGCUUUUUCUAUCUAAACACUACGUGAUAGACAAUUUCAGCUAGCCACAAAUUGUAUGUAUGAGAUUCGUAAAGACUUUCAAUCAUUCAUUUCCAUUUAUCAACUGAAAUUUUGUUUAGUAUGUGAAUUUUUUUUUUUUUUUUUUCGAAAUGUGUAGUGAAUAGGAUGUUGCACUGGUGGCAAUUCAUCAUGGAGCAUAAUAAAAUUAAUUUGACCCAAAUAGCAUAAAGUAGUGUUUUUAUUUGUUUAUUAUCAAGAGAUUUAAAUAGGUAAAAUUCUUGAAACUGCUGGGUGUAGCACAGGGUACACAACAAUGAAUAAUAAUGGUUGAAUUAGAAGACCGCAUGCCCUCAGAGUUAGAAUGUGCUGUUAAAUAAACAUAGUGAGCAGAGGAAUGUUACACCGUGUUCUGUUGGGAGCUUGACAGCUGCUCCACAGCUCCCCUGGACGCCACACUGCAAGGUCAACGACUCGGGACUUUUUCACUUACCAAAAAUGUUAACAUUCCCUACAUCAGAGUGAUACUAGAGUUUACUGGUAAUUUCAAUAAAAGCCAAAUAUAGCAAUUCAUGUGGGACUUGAACAGCUUUUAGUAAACAACAUCAAAGAUGGUGCUCAUUUUAAACAGGAAACUCAGCUUUUGAUAAAUAGAAUUUUCUAUUCCACCGACCCUAGCACAAGUAGGUGUCUGAAGAUUAAACUGAGUUAUGGAAUCCAGUGUGUAGGAUGCUAUAGAAUGCUUUCUGGAGCUUUAGCCAAAUUUAACAAGCAUUUCAAGAAUACUCUAUUAAAAAGAUGUUUCUGUUGUUUAAAUGUGAACGUUUAAGAAUACCUCAACUUUUUUUUAAAAGAGAAAUGUGCCUUAAAAUUCUUCCUAUCACAUCAUAUUUAUCUAAUCAAUGGAGAAAUUCCUGAAAUGAUUGACUCAGCUUUAGGAGUGGAGUUCCUAAAGGACAAGUAUAAAGAUAAGGUCUAUUUAUAGUACAAUCCAAACCCUUUAUUGAAAAAGUUGGAAAAUUUUACCUUGCACAUUUAUUUUACUGGCAUUGUCAUAUCUCACCUCAAGAACACAGCAUUCUCUUGUAAUCUCUUGGUAAUUUAUUCAUGGAUUUCAUUUAAAAACUGCAUUUUAGGGAAGCUAGUAGGAUAGAAGGCGUAGUAAACUGGCUGUUAAAAAUAUGAUGGCGACCAUGCUUUGCAGCCAGUACUAAGCCUUUACUUCUGUAUGUUAUAAUAAGGUACCUCCAUUGCCAUUAGGGAGCCUAUUGAAAAAUUUGGCUUUGUAACUAACGAUGUCCAGAUAUAUCUGCCACAGCUUUUUUUUUUUAAAUAUACAUUGAUGGCUAUACUAACCAUAUAUUGAUACAGUAUUUAAUCUCACACAAGUCUAGUUUAAAUCAAAACUGGAUAGGUGCACCACCAUCAGGACUGAAAACUCAAGGUAAGAAUGGAACACAGUUAUUUUGAGUAAGAUACAAAGAUAGUAGCUACAUAGGUGGUUUUCAGUUUAGUCAUAUAUUUCUACUUAGUGGUUGGGGAAUUCCUAGUAAAUUUGAACUGACUCCUAAUUCUUUAACAAAAACAAAAAUCUAUUAUACUUGGUAAAGUAUUUGAGAGGAAAUUCCAUUUUAACAGUAUAAAUUUGCAUUAUGGAAUUUAAAACAAAAGACACUAUUUUCUGUUUUGAAUUGGUUGUCAUACUGUGACUCAAAUUUAGUUUUAUAUUAGUUAUUGCUGGAUAUGUGAGGAUUUUCAUCAACGUUUAGUUAUAAGAAUUUCUUAGAAUUCUAGUUUGAAGGAGGUUAGUUAGAAAGCAUCAACAUCACCAUGUUUAAACAACCAUUUAUUAAGAACUAAGUAUGUAGUGGGCAUUAAGAUACAACAGUGAAGUAAGAUAGGCUGCCCACCUUAAAUCUAAAAGUGCUUAUAUCACAACUGAAAGACACAUGAAGACCACUGAGUUAGAGCAGAACAGGCACACGGAGACCAGUGAUCCUAGUCUUCCAUUCCACAGGUAAAAGCACCCAUACUCCCAGUGGUUGAGGGGCUUGCUAAUGCACCAUAAUGUCUUUUUAUUCUUUUUUUCCUCUUUCUGUUUUUCUUAAAGAUAAAUUGCAGAUUUAAUUUGCAUCUGAAGAAUUUAUGGCUAUAAAUUUCUCCCUUUAUUUUUCACAUGUCAUGUGGACAUUGAUAGAA